CUUACAAUUGCUUACAAUCGACUGUCAAAGCAAGUUUAGAAAUGUCAAAAGAGGUGUAAAGUUUAUUUCACCCAAUGACAGUCAAACUAUUAUUUACGUCAAAAACUAAAUUACAUCAUAAACAAAUAUAGCAUUUAAUGAAAUAAUGACAUCGAUUGAUACUAAUUCAAAAGUAAAUAACGAUGUUUCCAAUUCGAAUGAUGUUGACCGUGAUAGAGAACCUGGGGCAUCCUUGGAGACCAUGCUGGUUACAACCGAUUCAUAUGAAGAAAUUGAGACAGAAAAUUUCAUGAGCUCAAGUUUAGAUGAACAGUUAUUAAAAGCUAAACUAGAGACUGGAUCGGGUAGUAUUAGUGAAAUACAAGAGAAAUUUAAUGAUGUAAAAGUGGACGAACAGAAGGAGGAGGAUUCGUCUAAGCUAAAUAAUCAAGUAACUCCAGAUGGAACUAUUGAUGAUUUGAAUAGUUCGACCGUUUCUAGUUUGGAACAAAGUGCAGAUUUAGAUAUAGCAUUAAUUGAAGAUGAAGAAUGGUUACAAAAAGAGAAACAUGUAUUUAUUCUUAGUUCAGCUGGUAAACCGAUUUAUUCAAGAUAUGGAAAUGAAGAUAAAUUAGUUACUAUAUUUGGUGUAAUGCAGGCAUUGGUUAGUUUUAUUCAAAUUGAAAAUGAUUUAAUUCGAUCAAUUCAUGCAGGAAACAUGAAAUAUGUUUUUCUAGUCAAAGGUCCUUUAAUAUUAGUGUGUGUUGCACGAUCAAGUGAUAGUGUUACGCAAAUUAUUUUACAAUUAACGUAUGUAUUUAAUCAAAUUUGUAGUGUGUUAACACUAACUCAACUAAAUCGAAUUUAUGAACAACGAAGGAAUUAUGAUUUGCGAAGACUUUUAUCCGGAGCUGAGAGAUUAAUUGAUCAUCUACUUACAUUUAUGGAGACUGAACCUGAUUUUAUGUUAAGUGCUGUACGAUGUUUACCGUUAAAUACAUCUGUUAGAGAAUCAAUUGCUCAAACUAUUUCGCAAGCUUGUUCCAAAAUUAAAAAUUUAGUAUUUGCUAUUUUAUUGGCAAGAAAUGAACUUGUAACAUUAGUUCGAAUGAAAAAGUAUAUAAUUCAUCCGGCAGAUUUACAUUUGAUAUUUAAUUUAGUAAAUUCAUCUGAAUCAUUUAAAACCGCUGAAAGUUGGACACCAAUCUGUUUACCAAAAUUCGAUGCAAGUGGAUUUCUUCAUGGUCAUGUAUCAUAUCUCGCCGAAGACUGUCAAGCAUGUUUAUUACUAUUAACGGUCGAUCGUGAUGUUUUCUUUUCACUAUCUGAAGCAAAACAAAAAAUUGUUGAUAAAUUACGUAGAUCUAAUUGUUUAGAGCCGAUAAAUGAAUCAAUGAAUCGUAAAUUAGGUAAUUUUAGUGUACCUGGUGUACCGGAAGUAAGACAUUUUUUGUAUAAAUGUAAAUCAACGGCGCAAUUUUAUAGUCCUGCAGUUUUACCACCAUAUACAAUUGAAUCGGAAAAGAAACGACUUCAUACUCUUUAUUUAGGAAUGAAUUCAAAAUUACAUGGUGUUGUUAGGCCGUUAAAGUUAAUUUAUCAGCAAUUAGAAAAAGAAUCAAUUUUAGGCUGGUUAACAACAGGUUUUGAAUUAUAUGUUAUUUUUGAACCCCUUAUCGAUAAACCUACAGCAAUAAAUGCAGUUAAUAAAAUAUUAAAAUGGAUUAAAAAAGAAGAAGAUAAAAUAUUUAUAAUGAAUGCCCCCACCUUUUAA